AUUUACAAAACUAAAAAGAGUAAAACAAAUUUACAUUUUGUCCCUGGAUCGAUAUAAGACAAAAACAUUGUGUGGGAAAGCUGGAGUUGAGGAUGAAUGAGAUUCUGAGAAUAAAAAUCCCCGGUACACAGUCAAAGUUUCAGAGUCAACUUCAGAUUUUCAAGGAUUAUAAAAUAGAUAACCUCAUACCACUGUCUCCAACAGAUAAAAGGAACCAGAUAAUAUCUGUGUUCCAGGGAGAAAGAACAGAAAAUUGGCUGAGUUCUGUCACUGACAAAAUUUGGUGGGAAGGAGGAAUCUGGAAGAUGGGAGGGUGGAGGGAUCCCGGGGUUUCGGGGCGGGGAGGGGCUGUGCUUCAGCCUCCCCCCUCACUGCCCCUCCCCCAUCAGGUUCCCUUUGUGAUGUGAAGGCCCCAGCUAUGUGACGCAGGCCUGGGCCCCAGUCCCUAGUCUCCAAGGGAAUGCCCAGAGCUCAGUUGCUUGAAGGCAGCAUACCUAUUCAAAUGGAGAAUAUUCCAUUUCCUCUAAAAUUUCUUAGUGAUUCGUGGAUAAACACCCCCAGCUCCACGCCAUGGGUGUUGGAUAUCUUCCUCACCCUGGUAUUUGCCGGGGGGUUCUUUUUCCUAUUACUCCCCUACCUCUCUUACUUCCUUUGUGAUCCACCCUCACCAUCGCCUGGGAAGAAGAGAAUGUGUCAACUUAUCUCCCAGUGUCGAGGUCAGCGGAGGGGGAGGCCCAAAGGCAGGAAGAAAAACAACAGUCUGAAAGCUUCUGGAGACCGCCUGACAGGCCUGGAGGGGACUCAGGACUUGUUUUCACAACUGCAGCGCAUCCUGGGGCCGCAUCCUAAGAAAGGUAAAGACUUUGGUCAGCUCUUUGGUCCGGACCCCCCAGAUGAGGAGUGCAAAAGAGCACCUGAUGGAGCCUCCCAGUCCCCUCAGGAGCCGAUGGAAGAUACCGCUCCCGUGCUUUCCCCAUUAGCUUCCCCGGAUCCUCAAACCCAGCAUCCUUCGCCUCUGGGCUCCACCCCAUCACCAAGCCCAGUGGCCACCUCAGUCUCCCCUCUGAGUGCCUCCCAACCACCAGAACCUUCCCUUCCCCUGGAACACCCCUCACCUGAGCCACUUGCAGUUUUCCCUAACCCACCACACACCCCUGAUCCUCUGGCCGGCUCUCUGCCUCCUCCGAAAGGCGUCAUUGCUCCUCCCCUGCGGGACUCCACUCUGACGACUCCAUCUCACUGUGACUCAGUGGCGCUUCCACUGGGCACCAUCCAUCAAAGCUCAUCUCCAUGUGAGGAUUUGGCGACUUCUGGCCCAGCCAUCUCAGGCCUUGGCGGCUCAAGCAGUCAUGUCUCUGUGUCUGCAUUCUGGUGUCAGGAAACUACCAGAACCUGGUGCAUCUUCAACUCAUCAGUCCAGCAAGAUCAUCUUUCCUUUCAAACAGAGACUAUAAUAUCUCCACUGCUUUUCCAGGCCCAGCACCUGUCCCAUCUGAGGCCUGAGUCCCAACCCUUUAUUUCACCCACACCCCAAUUCCAGCUGUCACCUAUGGCUCAGGCGCAGGCUCAGGCCCGUCUUCAAUCCUCUUUCCCAGUGCAAUCUCCUGCUUUUGCAUCCCCAAUUAAUAAUUCUGGAGUAGCUUGCCCUGCGUCGCAGAAUAAGGCGCAAGCUCUCACCUUACCUGAAAUGCAGUGCCCUGAAUGGUCUUCUAAACAACUAGAAGGUGGGUUGGCUUUACCCUCUAGGGCCCAAAAACCUCAGGACGUCUUUAGCAUCUCCACUCCUAACCUUCCCCAGGACAGCUUGACAGCAAUCGUUCCUGAGAGCUUUCCAGUCAGUCCUGAACUCCGGAGGCAACUGGAGCAACACAUUCAAAACAACCUAGCACCCCUGAAAAGUGGGAGAGCCGGUGUGAACACAUCCCAGGAGCUUUCCUUCCUCCAUCCGUGCACUCAGCAGGUGCUGGGACACCAUAUUGUGAGGUUUUGGGCCAAACACAAGUGGAGCCUACCCCUCAGGGUCCUCAGGCCCAUUAAGCUCUUUAAGCUGGAAAAAGUUUCAUCCUUAUCCCUGACACAGCUUGCUGGUCGCUCCUCAGCCACCUAUAAAUCUAAGUCUAGCUCAAAAGUUGAGAAAGCCGUAUUCCUAAGAGAGUCACCACCCGCAGAUCUGAGAAAGCAGGUGCUGACCAAAGCAUCCGUUCAGACGCCAGACAGUCUUCUGGUGUCUUCACCUACAUUUACACAGUUCCAGAUGGCCCCACAAGGGAUCCCAUCUUGGAAUCCCCAUGGGCCCUUGAAGCCUCCUCCAGCUGGACAGGAAGGCAGGUGGCCUUCUAAGCCCCUCACAUGCAGCCUCACAGGCAGCGCCCAGCAGAGCGGGAGCGUAGGAGCCCAAUCUUCAAGGACUGGAGAGACCAUGGAGGCAGCGCCACAACCCAGCGUUCCCUUGGGAACCUUUCUGCCGGCAAACCUCCAAGGCACACGUAAGGAUGUGAGUGGUUUAGAGGCUCCAGGGACCAGUAAAGGCUCUCAGCUCCCUAAAUCAGAGACGCAGUCUCAAGUUUGUGGCGCCGUUGUGCUCCUUCCAGAUGGUUUUACUGACAUUCCCCUUGCUACAGAGAGUUUGGCUUCUCAAGUGCCCCACGGCCGUCUCCAGAGCAUGCCUACCAGGAACAUGCGGGCUUCCCAGGAGCUACGUGACCUUAUGGCAGCCAGAAGGAGCAACCUGGGGCACAAGGAGCCCAAGAACCCGAAAUGUCAAGGCUCAUGCAAGAGCCAGAACCAGAUGUUUACCCCUACUCACAAGACUGAGAACCCAGUGAAGCCCAACUUUGAAAAACGUGAAGAGAGGCUUGAAGAACUGAGGACUCCCCAGCGUACCCCAGCCACAAAAACAGAAGAAACCCGACAGGAUGAAGGCCUCCAGCUGUUGCCGUCCAAGAAACAGCCUCCUUCGAUAAGCAACUUCGGAAAAGACAUCAAACAAUUUUUUCAGCGGGUCUUUUCAGUGAAAAAAAGCAAGCCAGCACCAGUCACUGCCAAGAGCCAGAAAACAGUGAAAAACAAAUCACAUGUGUACAGCAGCUGUGCUGAAGCUGAGGGGCUCAGGACAGCAGUCGGACAGAUGCUGGAGGAAAAAAUGACACUUUGCCGUGAGCAUCAUGCCUUGAAGGUCAAUCAGCACAAACAGGAGUUCCAAGCCCCAGUCUGUGGGUUGCCCUGCAGCCACAGGCACCUCUUCCACCCGGAACACAGCAGAACGCUGGGCUAUGCAGCCAGCAGUCAACAAGCCACUCUCAAGAGCCAGAGUUACCCCAACAGAGAGAGGCACAUCAGAGAUCAACAGCCCUUGAAAAGCGUCCGGUGCAACAAUGAGCAAUGGGGCCGGCGACAUCCCCAACCCUUGCUCCCCAAGAACCCUGUCUCCCCAGUCAGUGCCCCUCAGGGUGGACUGAAGACACAACAUUUAAUGUUCCAUAAUAAAUAAAUAUCGCGCUUUUUUUCCCCCAUA